AUGAAUGAUAGUCCUGUCGACCCUCUGGCGGAAUUGCCACCAUAUCUCCGCGACAUACUGAAUCAGCUACCGGAAGACCACUCUAUUGCCCUCAGCGAAACUGCGGGCCCCUUGAUAUCGGAUAUCAAGAAGCUGACGGAUCGGAGGAAAAGAUAUGCGUACUUGCUUCUCUCCCGUCACCGUUUGACUCGCCUUCUGGCCGAAUGUCCCGGUCCCUGUCCAGAUCUCAUCCUCCGCCGUGCUGAAGUUUACGAGGCCCUCGGGUACAGUGAACUAGCACUGGCGGAUGCAUAUGUCUCGUACACCCUUUGUCUCGUGGCUUUAGAUGACCCCGAUAUCUCAGACCUUGAGCCCGUUGAUCUGGAAGGAAAUCCUUGGCCGCCUUCCGAUGACGGCCAGAGCGAGAAUGACCCGAACCCUGUGGCACUGAAGCAAAAGUACCGCUCACUUGUGCUAAUGUGUCGCUCUGCCAUUAUCCUGGGUGUACAGACCCAAGCGAAGCUGUGGAUCGACGAGGUCUUGGCGGUGAAGAGGAUCAUCCGGCGCCUGAACGGAGAGGAGCCUCGAGAGCCGGUCCGGGAUAUUGAGGAGGUUGUGGGAGAUUUUUCCGAGUAUUCCACCAUCUAUGAGGACGAAUCCAAAUUCCACAAAUGUGUCAAACUCCUUCGACGCGAUGUCAAGCCCACUCUGUUUGGGUGGUGUCAACGCCAAAUAUACCCUUGGAAUGAGUAUGAGCCCGACAGAAUGUCCAGAGAAGCGCUGAUCGAGAUCAACGAGAAGCUCCACGUGGUCGCCCCGGAUCUGGAAGUAGAAAUAUCCACGUUGCCUACUCUUACACCUUCGAAGGAUGAGGGUAUGCAGAGACUUUCUGUUGGUGAGCUGAGAACCUCUGUGUCUUCUACAGCCAAUUGCUCUUCGCAACUGGGGCUGUUUGCCAAAAAGCAGCUUGCGCCGGGAGCUACCAUUUUGAGAGAGCGAUCGGUCCUAACAGCCAUACGCCCACAUGGCGAAGCCCUCUGUGAUGCUUGUGCGGCUGACUUGGAAGAUAUCGACCGAGGGGAUCGGAGAUACUGUGUAGGAUGCAAUAUACCAUUCUGCUCGGAAGAAUGUCAGAGAGCUGCCAAUGAGCGUUACCACCACCCGAACGAGGAAGACUACGAGACCGAUGAGGGCUAUCCUCCCGCUGAAGCCCCUUUUUGCCCUGGAUCUAGUGGCAAUGACGACCUGCACACACUUGGUCGAGCUGAAAGUUCGACUACCCCCGAGUGGGAUUUGUACUUCUUGCUCUUGUCACGAACCCUGCAACUGGCCGAGACCCAGAAAUUGCAUCCGUUAGAUCUCUUCGAGACAAAGUAUUUGUGGGGGGAUUUCUCCCCGACCCCCGAAGUCAUUGAUCUCCCACUCAAGAGUGGUCCGAAAUCACUACCAUACAGCGUACGCCAUCAUGUUGAGUUGCCUCUCCAAUGGUUUGAAGUUCUCAUGCACUCACGAGAGAGAUGCAGGCCAUACAGUGCCACGUGGCUGAAAAAAUACGACUGGUGGAUCAUUCAGACGCUCUUUUCCAAGUUUCGAGGAGUAGCAGAUGCACAACAAUCGACGUGGACGGGUAAGCCUGAGGUCGCAGCCGUUCAUCCGCUCUGGUGUCUGGCGAAUCAUAGCUGCAACCCAAAUGUGACUUGGAAGCCCUCGGGAAUGUGCAAGAAACCGACUAUCGAGAGCGGCGAGCCCGCUUGCAAGCGGUCCUCGGAGGGGAUUGCCGGUGUGAGAGAUGCACAUAUGAAGCGAAACAACACUGAGCCCUGGCAUGGCGCCACGGAGCCGGUGACCAGCGAAGAGCAGCUCGACAGCAGCCAGGAACUUUCAGCAUUCCGGAGACGGCCAAUGUGCUUUUCGACACCACCAAAUGCUUCUCUGUAUUUGCGGCUGCAUAUAAUAUUGGACAGAGGCAUGUUAGCAACUGAAAUGCUCCCCAAUCUGCCAAAUAUCAGUAGGUACGACCGGUUUCAAGAAGCCCUACUUGCGGCAGGUGAUCCUGAACCCUCGUUGGGCUGGUCACUGCUUGACAAACGGAGGAAUCUGGAUCGCUCGGGGCUUGAUUACGGCGACCAUCCACAGCAGAAAUAUCAUUAUCGACCACGCAUGCCGCUUGCGUCACGCAUCAGGUCUUUUGCAACAGCUUUGAGGCCAGACAAGACAACACUUCCACGCCUUGGACAGUAUUCAAAGGCUUUCUUCCUGGACCACUGGCUCGACGUUGUUUGUGUCCUUGCCAUCGCGGGCAUUACGGGAGCGAUUUGGAUCAUUCCUGCCCGUCCGCAUCAUCUAUUUCCACUCCUUACCCCUGACGGUGCCACUUAUAAUCCCUUGAUCGGCUAUCCGUAUGUGACGCCUAUAUUCUCCUCACUUCUCACAGGUCUUCUCUGCGGCCUCGUGCCUCUUGCAGUGAUUUUGCUUUCUCAAACCUUCGUCCGGUCCUUCACAGACCUCUCCUCUGCUACUCUGGGCCUCCUAUAUUCACUGGUGACGGGGACAUGUCUCCAAGUCAUUCUGAAGAAAUUCGUUGGGGGACUCCGACCACAUUUCCUAAGUGUCUGCAUUCCGGUAGUGCCAGACAGGCUGAUCGGAUCUGGAUACAACGGGAUGAUGUACCGUGCAGGAGAUGUCUGCACAGGCAACCCCAAAGACAUUGACAACGCGCUACAGUCAUUUCCGUCAGGACACAGUGAAAUUGCGUUUGCAGGGAUGGGGUAUCUCUCGAUCUAUCUUUUUGCCCAUCUUCACAUCGGCGACGCCUCUAAGCCUGAAAAAAGGGGGUUUUGGCGCAUGAUUUUGGUGCUCACGCCUAUCCUGUUUGCGACUUACAUCUCGAGCACGCUCGUCUUAGGAUACCACCACUUUGCGCACGAUUGCUUGUUCGGUGCGGCGAUUGGCUGUUUGACCGCGGUGUUGGGGUACAGGAUUGCUUUUAGAGGGUUGCUCGAUGCGAGGAUGAACUGGAGACCCAGGGUGGGGAGAAGAUUGAGGAGGGUAGUGGACGCGGAGUUAGACAAGGGACACCAUGUGGGAUUGGAGAGGGAGUCUUGGACUGAUGGCACAGCGGCCGACGUCGUUUCGAGGAGGUCGACUCGUCAUGGGCGAGGCACGCGAGGCGAGAGCCACACAGGGAAUGAGCCAGAGAUGGAUGCUCGCAACUGA